AUGUUCAGUGUCGUGCAAGACAAUGUGUUCCUAGCUGCAACAUACAUAGGUAUAAGCGGAUGUGUCGCGCUAACCCUAGCAACAAUCCCACUUCGUAACACUAUAGGGUUUUUAUACAUAAGUGAAGAUAAUAAAUUAGUUAAAAUAUCAUCAGUUGACUUCUGGGGAAACAGGAAAGACAGGAUUAUUGAUGCAAAUGAUUGGAUCCCGUUGUGCGAUAUUGCUCCCAAAAUUAUGGACUCAAUUUAUCUUAGACCACAUUUGACAGAUGGCACAAAAUAUAAAAUAUUUAUCAAGUACGGAAAAAUAAUUAAUCCUCAGAAAAUGGCACAUGUUUUAGAA